AUGAUUCCAUGGCUGGUGACUGCAUGCUUCUACCCUUGUAUUGUAGGUCCCGACUUCUGGGGCCUUGUCAACAAGCACUGGAGAAUGUGUACUACAGGACAAAUGCAAUCACCUAUCAAUGUUGACCCUUCAGUAUUAUUAUAUGACCCUGGCUUGUUACCUCUCAAUAUUAAUGAGAAUCAGGUAGAAGUAACGCUACAAAAUAUGGGUCAGUUACCCUUGGUAACAAUAAAUAAUUCUUUGACUGAUCAAAAUAAUAUUAAUAUCAGUGGUGGUCCAUCAUUUCCAUACAGGUAUCGACUGCACCAUAUUGUUGUACAUUUUGGACAUGUUGCAAAUGAUGAGUAUGGAUCAGAACAUACAAUCGACAGAGUUCGAUUUCCUGCGGAAGUACAACUUUUUGCAUACAAUACUGAUUUGUAUGCUAAUUUUACUGAAGCAAUGUCUCAACCACAUGGUCUCUUAGCAAUUUCAAUAAUAGUAGAACUUGGUAGUGUAUCAAAUACAGAAUUACGUAAAUUAACAGUUGCAUCACAAAGUAUCACUUACAAAGGCAUGAAAACAACCCUAAAGCGAUUUAGUGCGUAUGGACUUUUACCACAAACUGAAAAUUACAUUACUUACGAGGGGUCACUGACAUUUCCGGGUUGUUUUGAAACCGUUACGUGGGUUAUCAUGAAUAAUCCUAUAUAUAUCACUAAAGAAGAUCUACAAAUUUGGAAUGAUUUGCAACAAACCGAAAAUAAGCAACUUAGUCCUAUUUUUAUGUCACCAAACUACCGUCCAUUAAAGCCACUAAAUGGUCGGCUUCUACGAACUAAUAUUAACAUCAAAUACAAGGCUAAAUCUUCGCAAUCAUGUUCAAGUAAUCUUUAUAUUGAUAUGGGAUAUAAAGCAAAUCCAAAACGGAUUCUAACAUCAACAUCUAUUGGAAAACGAAGUCUAGAUGAGCGUGCUGAAGAUUCUUUAAGACAAGAAGCAUUAACGCCUCUAGGCAUUGGUACUUUCCAAAUUAUGCCAGAGUAUAAAUAA